AUGUCGCAAACCCUCGUCGUCGACGUCGGCGCCUGGUCUCUCAAAGCUGGAUACGCUUCCUCCGACACGUGCCAUGUCGCUCCCAACUGCAUUGCCAAAUCUCGCGACAACAAGACGUAUGUCGGCUCGCAACUGUCGCAAUGCACCGACUACGGUGACAUGACCUUUCGUCGCCCUGUUCAGAAGGGUUACAUAGUCAACUGGCCUGCCGAAGUCGCCGUCCUGGAUAACGAGCUGCAACAACUUCAGUGCGAUACUUCGGAUACGAACUUGAUCAUCACCGAGCAACCAAAUGCGCCCUUACAGCUCACCCAGAAUCUGGACCAGAUGGUCUUUGAGCACUUCGACUUUGCUGCUGUGUAUCGAACCAUUGGCUCUUCAUUGAAUGCCUACACCGACACCCGAUCCCUGUUCGGCGACCCUCCUCUUGCAGAUCCAUCAACCAUCCAGCCAGCAGACGCUCUCCUCGUAGUCGACAGCGGCCACAGCCACACAACAGUCACUCCCCUACUAGCCGGUCGUCCCAUCCACCCAGCCGUGCGCCGUCUCGACGUCGGAGGAAAACACCUCAACAACUACCUCGCCGAACUAAUCUCAUUACGCCAUUUCUCGCUCAUGGACGAACCCCACAUCGUCUCUCAAAUAAAAGAAGACGCCUGCUACCUAUCCCAAGACUUUUGCGCCGAGCUCGAAGCCGCAAGAAAGAAGGACCCUAGUAUUGUAGUCAAUUACGUGCUUCCCGACUACGAACGCUAUCAUCGCGGGUUUGUUCGUCCUCACGAUGCAUCCCACAAAGCAAAACUCGAACGCUUGGGAGUACGACAACCAGACGACCCCCUAGGUGCUCGCGAAGAAGUCUUCCCGCUAGCAAACGAACGUUUCGUGGUCCCAGAAAUGUUGUUUACGCCUUCAGAUAUCGCAAUGCCACAAUCUGGGAUUGCAGAAACUAUACUCCAGAGUCUACAAUGCUUGCCAGAAUUGCUAUGGCAGCCUAUGCUCGCAAACAUCCUGCUCGUGGGUGGAAACACACUAAUCCCUGGGUUUGUGGAAAGAGUGGAGAAAGGGGUGAUGAUGUUGGCUCCUGAAGAUAUGUUGGUUCGUGUACGGAGAGCUGAAGAUCCGAUUACAUCAACCUGGCAAGGAGGCUGUCGUAUGGCAAACGACCAAGACCUCCUCAAGAACGUCUUGAUCACCAGACAAGAGUACCAAGAACACGGUCCCAAUUGGGUGACUAGACAGUUCGCAACCAAAAGACCGACAAAUGCAAAGGAAUAA